GCUCACUGCUUGUGAGUAUGAGCUGCUGGAGACGCGCUCUCUGACUGAAUAUGGAGUUUGAAGCCAAGGUUUACCCGCAGAUCGGAGGUUUCGGACGAUACAACCGGGUGGUGACGGUCUUCAGCUGGUUCCCCAACUUCGCCGUGUCGUUGAACCUCUUCUGCGACGUGUUCUUCACGCUGGUUCCCGAGUCGUAUCACUGCAAGCCGGACCCUUCGCUGCUUCCCUCGUCGCUCCUCCUCAGUAACUUCUCCAGACAGGCGUACCUCAACCUCACCAUCCCCUGGGUGAACGGCUCUGGACUGAGCCACUGUGAGCUUUACAGGUACCCGACAAACCUCACCAACUUCACCGAGAAGGUCCACAGAGAGGUGGUGCCGUGUACCCGGGGAUGGCAGUACUCCAAACCAGCCGGGCUGCAGAGCAACUUCGUCACCGAGUGGAACUUGGUUUGCGGGAACUACUGGAAAGUUCCUCUCCAGCACAUCUGCUUCAUGAUGGGCUGGAUCCUGGGCUACAUUCUCCUCGGCACUGUUUGUGAUUGGUUAGGCCGGCGGCGGGCUCUCCUGCUGUCUGUCUCUCUCUCAGGCCUGCUGGGAGUGGCCGUAUGCCUGUCCAACAGCCCUGCCGCCUUCCAGCUCCUUCGCCUGUGCCACGGCACCGUGCUCGCAGGAGUCUUUCUCUCGUCCUACAUCGCCCGUUUGGAGCUGUGUGAUCCUCCUCACAGGCUGAUGGUCUCCAUGGUCAGCGGCUUCUUUGCUGUCUUUGCUGAGCUGCUGUUGCCAGGCCUGGCGGUGUUGUGCGGUGACUGGCCAGUGCUUCAGGCUGUCACUACGCUGCCUCUCCUGCUGCUGCUCUCUUACUGGUGCUGGGUCUCUGUGUUCCCGGAGUCUCCUCGUUGGCUUCUGGCUACGUCUCAGAUUCCUCAGGCUAAGAGAUGCCUUCAAUUGUUCUCCAUCCGAAAUGGAACAUGUAUGAGAGAUGAGAUCUACCCAGCUGAGACCCUUCUGACAGAGAUUGAUGUGGCUUUCCCAGAAGACCCCCAGCCACAGUACCACCAUGCCCUCGAGCUACGGCACACCAGAGUUAUCUGGAGAAACUGCCUCAUCUUGGCAUUUACCCUCUUCAUUGGAACAGGGAUCCAGUACUGCUUCACCAGGAACCUCCACAUCUACUCACCGCAGUUCUACUUUGGCUACUUCCUGCGCACCCUGACCGGAACCUUGGCCUGUGUGUUCCUGUGUGUGUUCGUGGACCGUGUUGGACGCAGGGGCAUCCUGCUGCUGGCUGCCAUCGUCACAGGCCUGUCCUCACUGCUGCUGCUGGCCCUCACGCAGUAUCUGCAUGGGGGGCUGGUGCUGGUGCUGUCAGUGCUGGGGCUGCUCUCCUCUCAGGCUCUGGCUAUGCUCAGUGUGUUCUUCGCCAGUGAAAUCAUGCCCACCGUUGUGCGUGGUGGAGCUCUGGGUCUGGUCAUGGCUGCCGGCUCUGUGGGCAUGGCGGCCUCCUCUGUGAUGGAGCUGCAGAAUAACGGCGGCUACUUCCUGCACCACGUCGUGUUCGCCUCCUUCGCGGUGCUCUCGGUGCUCUGCAUCAUGCUGCUGCCCGAGAGCAAGCGCAAAGCCCUGCCCGACUCCCUGAAGGACGGGGAGAACCUGCGCCGCCCGCCCCUCUUCCUGUCCCGCGGGGAGAGGGACAGCCUGCCCCUGCUGCGCACCCGCCAACCGGCCUCCGAGUACAACCCCGACAACUACUCCCGCCUGGUCAGCGCCACCAGGAAGAUGCUGGCCAAAGAGUCAGUGCCGUACAAGAUCGUCAUCCCGUCUCAGCCGCCACUGCUGCCCAAUAACAACACUGCACAGGCCGGUCGUGAUGAGUCGUCAUAGCAGCGGUGCACAGUUGAGUCGGCAUAAACAGUCACGUUCAUUUUCUAUAUUUAAACAUGGUUUUGAUUAAGACAUUUGAACCAAAUGCCUUUCUUUGUGAUCAUCUGUCCAGUGGUCCAUGCUUUUUGAAGAGGACAGUAAACGUGAGGCUAUUUUUGAGGUCUGUUAAUUCUUAAAGUGAAGCCCAAGUCCAGCUAUAUCAUUCAGAUCAUCUGCAAGUGGUGAAGGGAGAAGAAAGAGGAGGUCACGUCAGGAAGGUUGUCUGCAGGCUCCACUUAUUCUUCCCUCAAUUUGUUGUAAAACUGUCCCUCACCCACUUGCGAUUGGUUGAUGUUUCCAUUUCGUCUCAGGAUGUUUUCGAGGACCACAGUGACGGGAACUCCUCCGCCUGUUUAUUACGAGCCUGAGUGCUGAAGAGCCUCUUUGUUACAUACAUUCUUGUAGUUUGACUUGACUACAAUCAUCUAGAGCCCUCAAGUGUACACUCUUUUGUUAAGCACAGUUUCAGAUGUUUACUUACUCAGCUUCCUAACUAAUCUGUCGAGUGGGUGUUGUACCCGAGUGUUCACGUCGGUGGUCUCCAGAACUAUUCUCCCCCCAUUCAGACCGGUUCGUUCGGCUUGUUAAUUGAUCUGUCUAUGCUCCGCCCACAAAUGCCUUCUUUUGGAACUGUUGCCACUUUACAGAACAUUGGGAAAGAAAUCUCUCUUGAAACAAUGACAAACUUAGCACCGUGAUAAAAAACUACAUCCAGUCUAUCCCAACAGUGUCACCUUUCACACACACACACUGACCAGGCAUAACAUUAUGACCUAGUUUCUACACUCAUUGUCCAUUUUAUCAGCUCCACUUACUAUA